AUGGGCAAGGUCGUACAGUGGAGAUCGGUCAAGGGACAGGUUCAGGUACAGAAGACAGAAGGGUGGAAGGAUGCGCUGGUCACUAUGAUCAAGCAUGAAGCUGGCCUGGACAACAAGAAUGUCGCCAUCGUGUUCUAUGAGGGUAAUGCGCCGGCUGACCAGUCAGAAGAGGCGAAUCGGGUGCUUCCUCUUACCCAGCGCCAUGUCCAGACCAACAGUGUCUCCAUUGAGGACUCUGGUACUGAUCAGUGGCCUUGGCCUUGA